UCUUGUUGGGGAAAAGAGAAAGAAAAAAGAAAUUAAAGCAAAAGUUGUUUUGUUGGUACGGUGAGAAAAAUGGGGCCUCUUGUGAUUUCUUCAAGUUUUCUUUGGUAUCUUAGCUUUGUUCUAAGUGCUGCAGUUAGAGUAGUCCACGUCCAAGCUAAUUACGGUUGGCUUAACGCUCAUGCAACGUUCUAUGGGGCCAAUCAAAAUCCCACCACCCUUGGGGGAGCAUGUGGCUACGAUGAUACCUUUCAUGCGGGGUUUGGUGUGAACACCGCAGCGGUGAGCACUAUGCUGUUCAGAGACGGUGAGGUUUGUGGUGCAUGCUACCAAGUGAUGUGUGACUUUAGGGCAGACCCAAAAUGGUGCCUUAUUAGCCGCGGCGUGACAGUAACCGCCACAAACUUUUGCCCUCCGAAUAACCAUGGAGGGUGGUGUGACCCACCUUACCAUCACUUCGACAUGUCCAUGCCUGCUUUCUUUCGCAUUGCACGACAAGGCAAUGAAGGCAUUGUUCCUGUCCUUUAUAGAAGGGUGACAUGCAAGAGAAGAGGGGGAGUGAGGUUCACACUGAAGGGUCAAUCCAACUUCAACAUGGUGAUGAUAUCAAAUGUGGGUGGAAGUGGGGAUGUGAAGGCUGUGUGGAUCAGAGGAUCAAGAAGUGGAGCAUGGCUGCCAAUGCACAGGAACUGGGGUGCCAACUGGCAGAGCAGUGCAGAUCUAAGAAACCAAAGACUCUCAUUCAAGAUGACAUUGGUUGAUGGCAAGACACUGGUGUUCCUUAAUGUUGUGCCUUCCACUUGGAGCUUUGGACAAACAUUUUCAUCCAAGAGUCAGUUCUUUUAGCUGCUCCUUGUGAUGAUAUAUGAUAAAGAGAGACAACAUUACACCAAAUUAAUUAACAUGCCCCCAACCAACCAUGCUGUUUUUGAAAAGGUUGGAAUGGAGGAUAUACAUGAUCUCAAUUCUCACAUCAUACUUCAUAUAUACAUACAGUUUCUUUUGGUCUUCUUUUCUUGAUUGAUAUUGUUUUAAGAGAAUUCAAUAAUUAAUGCAGUAGUGCAAUAGUGCUGAGGAUGUAUUCUGCACAAGCAGAGUCAAAUGUGUGCUUGUAGAAUCAAAAUACUCCAAUUUUUGGGAGUGUUGAGUGUUUUUUAUUUCAA